AUGUCAGCCAGUCAAUACAGUAUCUUCAUAUUUCGCUAUAGUCAACUCAGACGAUGCUUGAAGCACGUCGAGGAAGAUUGGCAGAAUGUUCUCAGUACGGACACGCGAAACAUUAUGCUCAAAUUCGCGAAGAAGGGAAAGCGAUUGGCUACAAUCUCAACUUUCGUGGUGCAUGCUUGCGGUCAGUUGAAAAUUUUUGUCGACUUGUUAAAGAGUCUCGUGCAAAAACAAUGGGAAGAAGAAUAUGAAAUGGAUAAGAGAUUAGCCGAGAUAGUCGAGCAUCACAUAAGAGUGCGUAGUCAACUCAGACAAUGCUUGAAGCACGUCGAGGAAGAUUGGCAGAAUGUUCUCAGCAUAGAUGCGCGGAACAUUAUGCUGAAAUCUGCAAAAACGGGAAAGCGUUUAGUUUCAAUCUGCGGAUUCUUCAUGUAUAGUGGUGUCUUUACCUUUCGAACAAUCCUGCCAUUGUCCCAGAAAAAAAUUGUUACCGAUCAGAAUAUCACGAUAAGACCUUUACCUUGUCCAAUUUACCUUUUCUCUCUCGAUGUGCAAAUUAGUCCUAUUUAUGAAAUACUUUUUGUAAUCCAGUGCAUAACAGGAUUCGUUAUGGUAUCAAUCGUGACAUGUGCAUGUGGCUUUACAGCAAUUUUUGUAGUACACGCUUGCGGCCAACUAAAAAUUUUAAUUAACAUGAUGAAAAGUCUCGUGCAAAAGCAAUGGCAAGAGGAACAUGAAGUUGAUAAAAAGUUAGCUGAGAUAGUCGAGCAUCAAGCGGAAAAGGUAGCCGUUGCAUCCUGCGAGCUUGAAUGGUAUCGUCUUCCGGACAAAAAAGCACGCAGCAUUGUAUUACUGAUGAUAAUGUCCAACACAUCGACUAAGAUCUCUGCUGGAAAAUUCGUCGAUCUGUCAUUAAAAACGUUUGGUGAUAUUAUGAAAACUGCUGGGGCAUAUUUUAAUAUGCUUCGAAAUGUAGUCGAAUAA